CAAAGUGCGCAUGUUGCACCAGUGGCGAUCCGUACUUCUCUUGUUGGGGGCGUCUACACACACACACACAGCCUGUAUCGCCUCGGGUUCCAAACCCAAAAGACUCUGCAAUGAGGAAAUACGAAUAGCUACAAACCCUUCUAGCAGCCUGCGAAAUAGGCAGUGGGAGCAGCAACUUGGGCGAAGGGGGAGAAGCACUGAGAGACGAUUUCUGAUCAACACAUUUUAUUUUCCGCGCAACUCAGAAGAUGCCGCAUAAUAAAAAGAAAAAGCACAGUCGACACGGAAAGCCGAAAGGGGCUGCACAGGCGGCAAAGGCGGCACAGGCUGCCCCGGCGGGCGUGGCGGCGUCAGAAGGUCCGGCCCCGGACGGAGGAGCUGAGGGGGUAGAGGUCGGCCCACGUUCUCCCACAGCUGCGCCUGAAGCCACGUCUCAACAAAAACAGCCCACUUCCGCCCCAGUGGGGCUGGCUUCCACUGGGAAGCCUGCUGAAUUUGAGAAAGCGGCCACGUCCCCUGCAGCUGCGGCUGCUAAGCCAGCUGCAACGACUGCUGCAGCUGGAGCAGCCGCUGCAGCUACUGCAGCAGUGAAGCAGGUGACCCCAGGGGCAGCGACAGCUCCGAAAGAAAGUCCCAAGCAGGCAAAGGCACCUGCCUCUCCUUCUAAAGCCAAGCCGUUUAACGCUGCAGCUGGAGCUGCAGUCCAGGCCACAAGCCCCAAGGAGACCCCGAAAGAAUCCCCGAAGACCACACCCAUCGCUUCAAGCAAAUGGGAGCCUGCUAAAACGGAGCCUGCGAAGCUUGCAGUCGGAGCAGACAAAGCAGCCAAACCGGCUGACAACCAGGGAAAACCGCAGGAUGUGAAGCCAAAAGAGUCACCCAAGAGCUCACCCAUCUCACCGACCAAAGGGAAGCCUGUGAAAGGUGAGCCUGCCGCUGCAGCUGAAGCUGCGGCCAAAAAGGGAAAACCAGAGGAAGUGACUCCUAAAGAGACGACAAAGCCCAAGCCCAGUUCUCUGAGCAAAGUGGAGCCGUCAAAGCCUGUAGCUGGAGCAGCUGACGUCUUGAAGGGGAAACCAAAGCCAGGGAAGCCUCAAGAGGGGUCCAAGAUCCAGGUGGAGGUGGUACCCAUUCCUGUCACAAAAUCAGCCGAUAAGCCUGUUGUGGACCCCUUUGACGCUCUUGCUGACAGUUUGCCCUCCGAGGCCCCGGCCCCCACAGCACCAGUUUACACAGGCCCCGAGGUCACGGAGCAUGGUGUCACGAGUGAAAAGGGAAUUCUGUGUGGGGAGGACGAGAGAACAUUACCACCAGGAUACAGAUUUGAAGACAUGGGUAAGAAUAUCCCUGCAGACCUACCGGAAGUCAAGCCCACGAAACCCUUGAGCACGGACGAGGCUCUGGACUCUCUCUCUCUCGGGUUUGAGAGCUCUCCGCCUCCCAGCACCCAGAAGAAGGAGCCGAAAGUGGAGGACGUGUCCGCGAUUGACGCCCUGUCCUCUGGGUUCUCCAACUUCGCCCCGCCUCCACCCUCCACACAGAAGGAAAUCCAAAGAGAGAAAGAAACAAACAAAGGAUAUCUAAAGAGGGUCAGGGGAGCCAUGGUGGAUUCUGAAGAGAAAGUAGAGGAAAAGGUCACUGCAAGUGCUUCAUCAGCAGGACCAUUGAAGUCAGCAGCGCCACCUGCUGACAAGAAAGCCAAGUUAGAGAAGGGUUGUGAGGACUUCUCUCUGAAGGGGGCUGUGGAGUCCCCCAAAGCCCCUGCUAACAAGAAGCCUGCAACGGAUGGGUCCAUGUCUCUGGACGCUCUGAGUGCUCUAGGGGACCUGCUGCCAGACGCCGAACCCGUACCGGAGCCCCCCAAAAUCCGCCCCGAGGACAUGGUCAAGGUGGAUGAGUUGAAGUCGGAGGAGGCCGUGAGAGUUGGAGAGAGGGAGGACACCCUUCCUCCAGACUACAGGUUCAAAGAGGAGGACCGGAAACAUCUGCCCCCUCCCAAAAUUGAGCCCUCUCUGGAUGCAGGGGAAGCUCUGGACAUCCUGGCUGGAGGUUUUGAUGCCCCUGCAGUCGCCCCCACUGUGCAGGCCCCAUUACCCCCCUCCACAAAGGCCCCCAAACAGCCCUCUAAGGGUACAGUAGAUCAUGUUGCCCCCCCCUCUGGAAAGGUAUCCACAUGUCAUGCUGCUCCUCCGGGAGUUAAGAUGCCCCCCGUAGAACCCGUCAAGAAGCCUAAAGUGGACGACGUGGAUUUUGUGCCCCGCCCCACAAAAGCCUCUGCUGUCCAGGCCCCAGUGCCCCCACCUACCCAGUCCCAAAAUAAGCCUAAAGUGGACGACGUGGAUUUUGUGCCCCGCCCCACAAAAGCCUCUGCUGUCCAGGCCCCAGUGCCCCCACCUACCCAGUCCCAAAAUAAGAAAGCCCCUCCCACUGUGGCUGCUGGCCCCGCCCCCGCAGCGCCCACAGCAGCUAAUACGGAUGAGUCCAUGUCUCUGGACGCUCUGAGUGCUCUAGGGGACCUGCUGCCAGACGCCGAACCCGUACCGGAGCCCCCCAAAAUCCGCCCCGAGGACAUGGUCAAGGUGGAUAAGUUGACGUCGGAGGAGGCCGUGAGAGUUGGAGAGAGGGAGGACACCCUUCCUCCAGACUACAGGUUCAAAGAGGAGGACCGGAAACAUCUGCCCCCUCCCAAAAUUGAGCCCUCUCUGGAUGCAGGGGAAGCUCUGGACAUCCUGGCUGGAGGUUUUGAUGCCCCUGCAGUCGCCCCCACUGUGCAGGCCCCACUACCCCCCUCCACAAAGGCCCCCAAACAGCCCUCUAAGGGUACAGUAGAUCAUGUUGCCCCCCCCUCUGGAAAGGUAUCCACAUGCUAUGCUUCUCCUCCGGGGGUUAAGAUGCCCCCCGUAAAACCCGUCAAGAAGCCUGUCUCUCAGCCUGACUCUGACUUUUCCCUGGACGCACUGGUGGAUGAUGUCGUCACCCCCACAGCCGCCUCCGCUGUCCAAGGCGCUCCUCAGUUGUCAGAUGCUUCAGAUGCUAUGGAUGCCCUUUCAGACACCCUGAAGGACAUCGCCCCUGCUCCAGCACCUGCCCCCGUCCCUGUCAAAGAUGUUGUCAAGGAGAAGAAAGUAGUGGAAGAGAAAGUCAUAAAGAUGGGCGAGAGAGACGACACCCUCCCACCCGAAUUUCAGCUCACGGAGAAGGAGCGCAAGGAAAUGGAGAAGGAGAAGGCCAAGGCCAAGGCAGACGUUAGACCCAAGAAGAAGUCCAUUGACGAUGAUGCGGCCCUUGAUCUUCUGUCUGGUGACUUCUCAACACCGGCUGCUCCGGCUGCUGUGGCUGCGUCAGCUGCUCCAAAGACGCAGUCGGCUGCCUGCCCUGCAGAGACUAUGCCCGGCGAGAAGGGCCCUGUCCUGGAUGCCUUGUCGAGCACCCUGCUGCCGGACACCCCAGGGUUCAGACCCAAGCAGAGUCCUGUUGGGGAAAAACCCAAACAAAGUCCUGUGGGGGACAAACCCAAACAGAGUCCUGUGGGGGACAAACCCAAGGCCAAGAGUGGGAAAUCAAAGUCUAGAUCAAAGAAGCAGGCGGUGGCGGACACGUCGGCCAUUGACGAGCUGUCUGGGCAGCUGGGGUCCGACGUGGUGUCCACCUCCCCAGCCAAGAAGAGCAGUAAAAGCUAGAUCUGUAAGGUUUCAAGUGCCAAAUACCUUCCCUACCACCUGGAUGGAGAGCAGAGGUCACUAUGGCGAACUCCUCUGAAAAAAACUGUUCUUUUUUAUUUUUGAAGAGUGAAACAUAUAGAAGAUAAAGACAAAAAACACACUCACGCUCUACGAGACACGCAUUUUCCUGCUUGAUUUUGUGCAUGACGGAUGGCUUCGGGUUUUUUUUUUUUUUUGUCCCCCCCCCUCCCCCCUCCCCCCUCCAAGGCUUCUGCAGUUUUUGCGCGAGCAAUUUGACUUUCUUUUCAUGGGUCCUGUGGGGAAUUAUGUGUGUAAUGUCCAUCUGAAAACUUACUUGUCCUUAGCCUGUGCGGGAAAAGGGUGGGAGCCGUCGCCAGCGACCAGACGAAUGUCCUUUGAUCUGUCCGCACAUCGCUCUUUUGACGUUUCUGUCGCGUUUCAGAAGCGUUGCACUAACGUUGUGCGGAAGCUGGCCGCGCGACAUUGCGGCGGUGGGGGUGAAGGUAACAAGUUUACUCGUAGAGAUUGAGACUGUUUUUUCAGUCUGGAAUCACGAAGAGAAGAAACUGUCAGGUGUUUUAGGGUGUCCUGGUCCAGGUGGCGAAAUUCUGUACAGAAUUCACCGAUCUUCGUAUGUGAUCGGUUGUUGAUUUAUAUUGGGCAAAGGGAAAGAAAUUCAGAUGAAAGCCGUUCAGAUCGAUGAAGCACGACUCCCUGAAACACACUCGACGGUUGUCCUCUACUAUGCACAUAAAGACACUAGUGUACAGCACCAUGUGUACAGGUAAUACAUGCGUUUAGUUUAUCUUGUCAUUUAUCUGAUUUAGUACCUUUUUGAAUCAUGCUAAUAAUUUUCAUUUCUUUUCAUUCUUUCGCAUAAUAUAUGAAAGGGUUUGCUGAUUGGGUUUUCGAUGCAUGUCUUCAUUUCUAAGUGCACUUAAGAGAAUCGGGACAACCCCUUAGUGUACACGUGCGAUUUUGAGUUUGGGUGAAGGUGUAACUCGCCUGUAAGUGUUGUUACAUUGCCUACAUACUAUCAUAUUAGAGAGAGCUGUCCACUAAGCAAUAUUAUAUAUCAGUUUUAUAGAAAGCAUUCAAAUAUGGAGUUUGGUCAUACACCUGCUUAUUGCCAUGGCUACAUGACGGUUAUGGGUCUUUCGUUAAUGUUCGUUCUAUCCCAAGAAGAGAUGUUGUGCCAUGGUUAUGAAAAUGAGUUGUUUUUUUUCUGCAAAUUUCCAACCUACUGGUAAUGUUUUUGAGAAUAUAUGAUAGUAUUUGUUGAGAGGAACAUCUUAAUGAAAAUAACAAGUAUAAUAAAUUUAAAUUUAAAAAAAAACAUGACCCAGCUGGGUUUCCAUUAGAGGGGCUAAAUAUUAGGCUACAUGCUCAGACUUCUAGAACUUUAAAGGUGAAUGUGUGUACAUGGUAUUAUUUAAUGGAUUACAGCAAAAGCAGAGGAAUGUCAUACACCAUUUUUAUUUUUCUACAAGGAGCUACUGUUUACCAUUUAUUUUAUGGAAUGCCAAGCAAAAAAAUGUUAAGGAAAUAUUAAUAAACGUAGAGGGAGUGGGUCUGUGUGUGUAUCUAUUACAGAAAUGACAUGUUACUCGCUUGUCCAUGGUUGUCAGAGCUUUUCUAUGCUAUGAUUUUAAAUGUUAUGUUUGAAAUUCAUCGAUAAGCAAAGCACAAAAUGAAAGUAGCCCAUUUAAAAUGAAGGCUACAGUACUGCAGUAAUGUAACAAUUAAAUUACAAGAUUAAUUCAGUCAGUCAAUCAAUUAAUGAAUCAAUUAAUCAAUCUAUGUGUUUUGACGUCUCUUUCUAAAUUAACUACACCCCAAGGUAAUUCUCUAGAACUCAAGACCUCUGUACUGUCGCGCGGGAAAAGUGAUUUAACAGAAAGUGCCUCGUUGCGUUUUGUAAAACAUUUUAGAUAUAUUUAAUCCUUGUUUUGUUGUGCCUCUGGUUCUUUUAUCUCGGUCUUAGUUACAAGACAGAAGUGUUGUAUAAAAAGACUACAAGAAUAAAAGGAAUAUAGUUUU